AUGUUAGAUUGUAAACCCAUUGAUACUCUUAGAGAACAGAAUCAUAAGUUGGGGUUGUAUCCUGAUCAAGCUCCUACUGAUACGGAGCGCUAUCAACGGCUUAUGGGAAAAUUAAUUAAUUUGGCUCAUACACGUCCUGACAUUGCAUAUGCAGUGGGUGUAGUGAGUCAGUUUAUGCACUCACCUAGUGAAGACCAUAUGGGUGUCGUGACACGUAUUUUGAGAUACCUCAAAGGCACUCCUGGCAAGGGGUUAAUGUUUUCCAAGUAUGGUCAUACAGAUAUGGAAGGGUACACAGAUGCUGAUUGGGCAGGUUCAGCUACAGAUAGGCGUUCGACAUCUGG